CCUUAUUCGUCAGCCUGUGUGAAGACCCACAACAGGCCUCCCAUCAUCACAAUCUGUGGUCAAUCUGGGGUCAGAUUUGUGCAAUUAAACCAGUGUAUCUCUGCCAUCAAACCAGAAACUCCCUGCCAGUCUGGGAGGUUGACUCGGGUGAUGGGGACAUCACGUGAGGAGAGGUGCUCCUCAGUGCAAUCUAACGACUCCCAAAAAACUUUCAUUGUCUGUGCACGUGAGAGCAACAAUGAGGUUGAUGAAAGCAGGUCAGCAUCAGAGAACAUGAAGGAUGAACACAGAAUAGGAGGAGUUCUGGAGCAGAACGAUAAUCUUUCAAUCAGUUCCAUCAAUGAGUCCGACUUUCUUAGUGAUGAUGAGGAUUAUGAAAGCUGGGCUGCAUCUGAAAACAUGAAGGAUGAGCACGGAGUAGGAGCAGUUCUGGACCAGAACGAUAAUCUUUCGAUCUGUUCCUUCAAUGAGUCAGACUUUCUUAUUGAUGAUGACUACAAUAUCUCUGAGUACGAUUCAGAUACUCCAGGAGAGUCAGACAUGAACUCAACUUCUCUGAAACUGCCUCAACUGAUUUGUGUGGCAGCAGCAAAACAGCCCAACAGCACUUUGCCUGCCUCAGUGAGCACCCUGAAAGAGGUGUCCCUCCAGACGGAUGUGGUCCCCGCUGGCAAGCCCCUGGAGGAACACCUGAACAAGGAGCAACAGUCGAAUAACACCCAGGAGGACAUCCUGUUGAGGGUAAAUGAAAACCCGGUCUCCAUCGAGCACUUCCCGGAUGAAGGCCUGAAGAAGUUCAGCGGUGGGGAGGACAUCUCCCGGCCUCAGGGGAAAAGGCAGAAGAAGCAUGGGGGGUGCUUCAGAUGGAUUGGGGAGUGGCUGUCUAAGAGGAAGGGCGAAGAGAUGAGAGACAGAGGGAGGACGGACCAGAAGCCUGGCCCUCUGAUCGUCGUAAAGCCCAGAGACUUCAGCAUCAGGACUGAUGUGGAGGUAGGAGACCUCGGGGACCGUCUGCCUGAGCUGGAAGGACGCAAUCAGGUUUUAGGAAAAUGCCAGAACACACUCAGUCCUGAGAACACCAAAAUGGUCCAGAGCUUUGAUAUCCCCUGCCCAAUGACCCCUCCCAGCCACACCCUUGCUUCCUUGGCCACUAUUGAGUACAUCCCUCACCCAAAUAGGGCACGCCUGGCUCCCAUCACUAAUGUGAGUGAAAAGGGCAGGAAGCUUCUUGUGGAACUUGCCAGAGAUUCCCAACGGCCCCAUGAGACAAACCAAACUGUCAAAGACAUCAAGAAGGCUAAAAAACACAGAAAACGAAAGAAGGGGAAAGCCAUUGAGAGACAGCAGGAGAAGGUUGUGGGGGCCAAGGAGAAAAAGCACAUCAAAAAGGACAAAAUCAGUCUGAGGAAGAGAUUCCUUCAAUGGCUGCUACCUAAGAUGUGCUGUAUGAGGAAGUAAUGGAGAACGGCUACACACGCACACAUACAUACAAACACACACACACACACACACACACACAUACACACAAACAUACACACACAGCACACUUGCUAUGCAUAUAUUACAUUUAUUCUUCCACUUAUAUUUGAUGGUAUAGUACAGGGGUUCCCUAACCUUUUGCUUCAGGCCCCACCUGUGCAUUUGAGUCACAGCUUGCGCCACCCUCCCGAAUCCCAUCAUACAUGCUCUUAUAUAUUGCCCUAACACAGGCCUUAAUAUCUUGCGCUAACACAUAGGCCUUCAGAAAUUGGUUAGCAUUUUACUAUAUACAUUUUAUUUCACAAUUGGUAGGCCAAACCUAAUACAUUUCCAUACUUAGAAUUAAUUAAAUGGAUAAGUCUGUC